CUCAGGUUCACAUUAAUACACCUGUAUUCACCUGCGUGUGAGCGUUCUGUAUUUGUCUCCAGAGACUGGAUUUAAAACGCUUCACACAAGUGUUUUGUUCAUGUUUUCAACCAGGAUCAAUAUCAAUCAGACCAUGGCAGCAGCAGAGUCCAGCCCUCUGACCACUCACGUGCUGAACGCCGGUGAUGGCGUCCCAGCAGCCAAGAUGGCCGUCAGCCUGCAUCGACUCGACACCAAGCUGAUGAUAUGGAACAUGCUGACUGUUGGGACAACAAACGAAGAUGGGCGCUGCCCAGGACUCAUCAGCCGAGGAGCCUUCACCCCCGGCAUGUACAAGCUGCGCUUUGAGACCGGUUCAUACUGGGAGAGUCGGGGUCAGACCUCCUUCUACCCCUAUGUAGAGGUCGUGUUCACCAUCAGUGACCCGGAGCAGAGGUUCCACCUCCCUCUGCUUAUGAGUCGGUUCUCCUACAGCACCUACCGAGGAAGCUGAGGGUUUUUUAUUCUCCUACAGUUGUACGACAACAGUAUAUUGUAUAAUAUCGGGAUCAUAUAACAUCAACAAAAUUACAGUUAUACAAAGAAACAACAACAUAAAGUUUUCAUUUCAUUAACCAGAGCAGGAAAAAAGGAGUUUCCACUUACGGAUCUAAAAUUUGGCCAUAAGUAUGUUAGGACUGAUCAGGUAGAACUUCACUUUAUCUUUUCUUUAUCGGAGAGAAAACAUAAUCAAGUCUGGAAAUAACAAAAACAGGUACAUCCGUCCAAAGACUUCUACAGCCUCAACACAACCAGGGAUGGAGAGAGAUGGGUGUCUGUAUUAAAUCCUAGGCUUUUAUCCAAUGUUCACCUUUCUUUGCUUUUAGUUCAUUUUUUCCCCCAGUUACAAAAUUUCUUUACAUUUGCUGACUGUUGAAUUUCCAAUACGUGAUUAUAUAUUUACAGUUUUUGUACGGUGUAUAUGAAGCAACUGAAAAGACAGCUGAAAUGAUUAGUUGAUUUCAUUUUUCUGUUUUUGGUUUUUCUAUUUCAAUUAAUCUAAUUAGCUAAUUGAUGACAGUCCAACUGAAAUCACAUUCAGCCAUCCCUUUCGCAGUGUAAAAUAAUGGUAUUGGUUUUUUUGUUUGUUUGUUUUUUUUAAAUGUAUUGUUUAUAGUUUUAAUGAUAAAAGGAGUGAAAUUGUGUCUGGACAAAUAUCACUAAAUUUUAUGGUUUUAACCUCUUGGCAUUAAGGAUUUGCAGCUUUUCUUUGUGUUAUAGUCCUGUGAUAGUUAAUUAAAAAUCUGUGGGUUGUUGACCAUUGAUUACCAGCAGCGCCUCUGGGAUAUUGAUAAUUUAAUUUCUAUCAUUUUCCUUUUUUUACCUUCUUUAUUUCAAUCUUACUAAUGUUGUAUUUUCAAUAUUUUAUUAUGUUGUUAAAUGUAUUAAAUAUUGUUGAACCUUUA